AUGGACUCCUCCACGUUGCGCCUGAAGGCGCGUCCGCCCGUAGAGGAUCAGAUAGAGAACUGGGACGAUGAGGACUUUAUUAUGGACGGGGACGAUAUCGGUUUUCCUUCCAUUUCAAACUCGGUCAACGUCUCAUCUAACCGCCGCGAUUCGGCGUCCUCGUUCCGAUCCGAUUUCGAAUCAAUUCACGGGGAGGAGGAGAAGCAAGUUCAUUUGCCAGACAAUGACGAGAAAUCGACUCUCGAUGCGAUCGCUGCGGCCGCAAAGGCCGGCAUCCCGCUCCCCAAAAACGUCCCACCCUCGGCUCUUAUGGGAGGCACAAUCAAGCGACUUGGCGGCAGGAAGAUCAAGAAGAUAAUCCAAGAGGACUGGGUGGAUGACCUUGAGUUUCCCGAUGCUGGACAGGCGUUGCAAAUCAAAUCCAGGGACAGCGCUCACUUUCCGGAAGUUCUGCGCCAGGUCAGCAACUCGGCCCAGCCGAGCCCAUCAAAACCGCCAAGAGAGUUGCCCAUAAUGAUGCAGGAGGAGCCCAAGGACACAAAAUCGACCUCAUCGAGCUUUAUUGACCUAGAGAAGUUUCGAGACGCCGAUGACGAUGACGACUUUUUUGGAGAUGGCGGUGACACCAUCAAGGUGUCCAAGAAACGUAGCGCACCGAAACCUCUAUCUUUAAUCACGCCCCCGACUCCUCAGAAAUCCACCGGCGGAAUCCUUGGCGGUGAUGACGACUUUGAGGAUGAUUUCGAGCUCCCGGAGGAUGGCAAGCUGAAACUUUCGUCCAAGAGGGAGAUACCGAAGACUCCAACCCUCACCAACAUCCUAGAAGACCUCGACUGGGCCGAAGGCAGCCUCGGGACCAGGUUCGGCGGUACUCGACGGGAUGCUCAAUCCACCCGCAGUUCGUCUGUCUCCGCUUUCAGUCCCAGUAUUUCGAGCUCGAUCAUGGAAAGCGAGGACGAGGCAUUUGACGGCUUGAUCAUUCCAAACGGGCCACUUGAUCUCGGGGAGAGGUUGAAACGCCGCCGCAAGAGCCGCUCUCCCGCGCGAAUCCCGGAAGAAACCAUCCAUGAGGAACCCGCCAGGGAGGAACCCACCAGGCGGAAAUCCGAGAAGGAUGAAAAGGAAGACUUCCUCGCUGGUCUCGAUAUCGGUGACGGAGAAGUUUUCGACUCGAGAAAGUUGACACUCAACCGCAACAUUCAGGUCAAGGCCACCAGACCCACCAGCCCUUCACGACCCAAGGCGUCGGUUGCGCUCAAGUUCACGAACAAACCCGUCACUGCAUCCCGACUCCCGCGGCCUAUGGGGCCGAUGCGCUACGGCCCCAACGACACCCUCAUCUGGGCAGACUGUAACGUCAACAACGCCGCGACGGAGGGAACUUGGCCAAAGGACAUCGCAGGUGUCGCUGAGAAACGACCCAACCACCACAAACACGCAGCUGCUCCGCCUGAAGCGCUCGUUGCCCGCAAUGCGCGCGACUCAGUCCCCUGCAAGGCCCCCGCCCACUCUCCGCGCCUGUUCCGCUCGGCAGAGAAAGCUGCUCCAGAAGGUGCUUGGGGCAGGCUCAGCAUGCCUAAACGGGCACGAAACUUUGGCGACGGCCAUGAACUGGAUGCCUUCGAUGAUCUGCCCACCUCGACCAACGCAGAAUCCAAGUUCCUCAAGCAGCCACUCAGCGCCAAGUCACAGACGAAGAGCAGGGGGUAUCAAAGCAUUUUGCCCGACCGUAAUAUCACCCCGUCCCCUCGCGCUCCAUACCCCUCACGCGUCGAUAACGUGCCGAGUUUUGCUCGCGAUACUACCGCAAGCCGGAUCGCACGGGAGACGAGUCUUGCGCAGCGCAACCCAGCGGGCAUGAUUGCACCGCUCACCACUCAACGCAUUGCUCAGCUCUCCGUCAAGAACAACUUCAAUGCCCAGCCCCAAUUCACGCUACCUACCGCCAAGGGCAGGAAAAUGCGGCGAUCGCCGCAAUCUAAACCGCACCUAAUAUCGAAUCUCAACCCGCCAAAAGACCCAAAGAUGGUCAAGGGCAUGUGGUACAACCCAGAGACUUUCCAAUGGGAGGGCAAUGACAACGCGCUUAAUGCGUUUGAGAUUCCAAACUCCUCUCCGUCUAUCACAUCUGUGCCUCAGCCAAUUGUUCGCGAGCGGGAGACCGCCACGCCGCGUCCAGCCUUGAUCACCAACAUCGGUGCCACCAAAGGGGUGCAAGUCGUCGGCGGCAUGGUCUUUGACCCGCAAAACAUGUGCUGGCUGAAGCUGGCUCCACAGAGCAAAUCAGAAAAGAGCGACACGCUCGACGGGUUCAACGCCUUUGACGAUGACGAGGACGUGUUCAGGGAUAUCCCCGACCUCGAGGAGCGCACCAUGGCGUCCAGCGACGGCGGCAACCCGCGCGUCAGCGACGUCAACCACGAGUGGCCGGUGGGCGAGGAGUUUGACGUCGGGCCCGAGUUUGUGCGCCGGCAGCGCGAGGAAGAAGACCGGUGGAGGAAGAAGUGCCAUCUCUGGAUCAACCACCAGGCUGACCGCGGCGAUGCCUGGAAGUGGGCCAUUCGCGACAUCGUCAGCGAUAACUGA